AUGUCUGCCAAUUUUGAAGAUGAGGAUGCUCCUCCGGAGCUUAUCGAUGUGUCUGCAAUGCCAGCAGACCAAACAUCGGUAGAUGAAGAACCAACUGCGCGAGUGCCCAUAACGCUGGUUACUGGGUACCUGGGAGCGGGGAAAACGACCCUGUUGAACUAUAUCCUGACAGAAAAACACGGCAAGAAAAUUGCCGUGAUCAUGAACGAAUUUGGUGACUCAAUGGACAUUGAAAAACCAAUGACAGUAAAUCAAGGCGGCCAAGAAGUGACCGAAUGGAUGGAAGUCGGGAAUGGCUGCAUCUGCUGCUCCGUGAAAGACUCAGGCGUGAUGGCCAUUGAGUCAUUAAUGGAACGCCGCGGCACCUUCGACUAUAUCCUUCUAGAGACAACCGGUCUAGCCGACCCAGGCAACAUCGCCCCGAUCUUCUGGAUGGACGAAGGGCUCGGUAGCUCUAUCUACCUAGACGGAAUUGUCACGCUUGUCGACGCAAAGAACAUCACGCGAUUGCUGGACGAACCGGCCCCUGAAGAGAAGGCCGAGUCGCAUGACGUGAACCACGACCACGGUUCUGGCCCUGUUCUAUCUAUGGCGCAUAUGCAGAUCUCGCAUGCAGAUGUGGUGAUCCUCAACAAAACGGAUCUGGUUACGGAGCAAGAGCUGGAGGCUGUGCGAGAUCGUGUUGCCUCUAUCAACAGUGUGGCUAAAAUUCAUGUGACGGAUCAUAGUCGGACGCCGCAGAUUGAGGGUGUCGUGCUGGAUUUGCAUGCUUACGAUCACUUGGCGGAUUUGGACUUUAGUAAGAAGGGACAUAGCCAUAUGGAUCCGGCAAUCUCUACCACCGCCAUCGUUACUCCUCCAAUUCCGGCAGAUAAGGUCAGCUGCGUGGAUGCCUGGCUGCGCUCUGUUUUGUGGGAUACAACAUUCCCUGCGCCUACGAAAUCGGUCUCAUCCGAGCCACACCCCGUGGACUUCGAGGUUCAUCGGUUAAAGGGCAUACUGAUCCUGAAUAACGGGACAUGCAGGAUCAUUCAAGCCGUGCGGGAUGUAUUCGAGAUUCGAGAUGCGGAGCCCAUAGACAUCGAGGAUAAGUCUAAACCACUCCAGUGCAAGAUUGUGCUGAUUGGACGAGGACUAGGGUCAAGUGUAGAACCUUGGCAGGAGAGCUUUGAAUCUUGUUUGGUUACCAAAUGA